GGUGUAUAACGCUCGGCAUUUAGAAUAACCUAAAAGCAUUUGUCUUACUCCGUCCUCGCAAAUUGAGGUUCCUUUUAGUUAAUCAUAUUCAUUAACUUUAAUUACUUGUAGUAAGUAUCGUUUUAAUGUGUUUGUAGAGGUCACGGUAGUGUCUAUCAAGAUCCGCACUUGCUGCCGUAUUCUCGCUUGCGUUUAUCGAUUUUCAUUUUUACAAUGAACAUAUUGUUUUGUUUACUUUAUAACAGUGUGUAACGUUAAUAAACCGAUGCAAAAUGUGUUGUAUUCGUUAAGUGUUGUGGUGUAAGAUUGAUUCAAGUAUGUGCGAAGGUGCGCGCGAGACUUCGUGUUUUGGAUGACAAAAACAUGGAAUUUGAGAACGACUUCAGUCUGAAAGAAUGGGCGAAGGACAAGCCUUUGUCCAUUCUCCAGCUGGACCCGGCGGAUAGAGCUGUGCUCAGGAUAGCAGACGAGCGAGAUGCCAUACAAAAGAAGACGUUCACAAAAUGGGUCAACAAACACCUUAAAAAGGUGAACCGGCACGUGAACGACCUCUUCGAGGACCUGCGCGAUGGACUCAACCUCAUCUCGCUGCUGGAGGUGCUUUCUGGCGAACACCUCCCGCGCGAGCGAGGCCGCAUGCGGUUCCACAUGCUCCAGAACGUGCAGAUGGCGCUCGACUUCCUGCGCUACAAGAAGAUCAAGUUGGUCAACAUCCGAGCAGAAGACAUCGUCGACGGCAACCCCAAGCUCACGCUCGGCCUCAUCUGGACCAUCAUCCUGCACUUCCAGAUCUCUGACAUCGUGGUGGGCCAAGAAGCAAACGUGACAGCCCGCGAGGCGCUGCUGAGCUGGGCGCGGCGCUCCACGGCCAAGUACCCCGGCGUGCGGGUCACGGACUUCACGUCCUCCUGGCGGGACGGGCUCGCCUUCAACGCGCUCAUACACAGGAACCGGCCUGAUCUGAUAGACUGGCGUAAUAUCAGGUCAAGGCAGGUCCGCGAGCGAUUGGAGACAGCGUUCCACGUGGUCGAGAAGGAGUAUGGAGUCACCAGGCUGCUCGACCCCGAAGAUGUGGACACCCACGAGCCGGACGAGAAGUCCCUCAUCACGUACAUCUCGUCGCUGUACGAGACGUUCCCCGAGCCGGCGGCCGUGCACCCGCUGUUCGACGCGGAGUCGCAGCGCCGCGCCGCCGCCUACACCGAGCAGGCCGCCUCGCACCGCGCCUGGCUGCACGAGAACAUUGCCUUACUGCAGGACCGUGCUUUCCCGUCAACUUUGAUCGAGAUGAAGAAGCUGCUCAGCGAGAGCACGCGGUUCCGCAGCGAAGAGGUGCCCAUCAGGCAGCGGGAGAAGCAGAAGUUGUUCCACCAGUAUAGGGAGUUAGAGAAAUAUUUCGAAUCGGUGGGCGAAUGCGACAUAGAGCCGACGCUCCGGCCGGAGGCGCUGGAGCAGGCGUGGGCGCGGCUGCUGAUGGCGCAGCAGGAGCGCGAGCGCGACCUCGCCGACGAGAUCCGCCGCCUGGAGCGCCUGCAGCGCCGGGCGGAGAAGCUGCACAGAGACAUAAAGCAGACAGAGUCCGGCCUCGACAGCGUGGAGCGACACAUCGAGAGCGAGAUCCGUCGCGUGGAGCGCGGCGUGCACCCCGCCGAGGCCAAGAUGGCGGCCGAGCAGAUCGAGCAGGAGCUCAGGACCAUGGAGAACACCAUCCACGAGAUGUUCCAGGACGCGCAGGCGCUCAAGGAGGGCCGGUACCCUCAGGCCUCCGACCUGCAGCGACGCGUCCAACAAAUCCACGACCGCUGGCUGAACGCGCGGCAAGCGUUCACCGGCCGCCUCCUGCCGCGGCUGUCGUCCGUGCGCCUCCCCGUGCAGCACACCACCGUGCGCCGCGAGACGCGCACCGUGCUCGAGACCCGAGUGCACGACGCCGACCCGCUCUUCCAGCAGCUGCAGGACGCCACCAAGUGGUGCAAGGAACGACUGAAGAGACUCCACGAAGCAGAGUACGGGUCUGACCUGCCGGGCGUACAGCAUGAACUCGACAAGCACCAGCGCGAGCACAAGACCAUCGACCAGUUCCACUCCAAGGCAAGUCAGUGCGUGCACAACCGCGCCAACUUCUCCGGCGAGGAGCUGACGCUCUACAACCAGCACCUCAACCAGCUGCAGAAGCUCUAUGCUGAGCUGCUCUCUACCAGCACCAAACGUAUGUCGGACCUGGACGCGCUGCAGGAGUUCCUGCAGAGCGCGACGGCCGAGCUGAACUGGCUCAACGAGAAGGAGCAGGUGGAGCUGUCCCGCGACUGGGCCGACCCGCACAUCAACCUGCCCGCCGUGCAGCACUACUAUGAGCAACUGAUGUCAUCGCUGGAGAAGAGAGAGCUCCAGUUCAGCAACGUGAUCGACCGCGGAGAGGCGUUGAUCGCUCAACACCAUCCGGCGACGAAAACUAUCGAAGCGCACUUGCAGGUGAUGCAGUCGCAGUGGGCGUGGGUGCUGCAGCUGACGCUGUGUCUCGAGACUCACUUGAAGCACACCACCCAGUACCAUAACUUCUUCGAGGAGGUCAAGGAGGCCGAGAAGUGGAUACAGAAACGCGAAGAAGCUCUAAACUCGACGUUCUCCCAGUCAGAGUUCACUCUCGACCAGGGCGAGCGUUUACUAAAGGGCAUGCAAGAGCUCCGUGAGGAGCUGAACUCCCACGGCAGCGUCGUGUCUCGGCUGGUGGAAGAGGCCCAGUCCGUGAGGCCGGUGAAACAGCGAAGAGCGCCUAUCACCAGGCCGCUCAGGGCCGAGACUGUGUGCGCUUACAAACAUGCUAACAUCGCGAUCGAGAAGGGGUCGGCGGUGACGGUGGUGGACAACUCGGGGCGGUCGCGCUGGCUGGUGCGGCUGGGCGGCGCGGGCACGGAGGCGCAGCUGCCGGGCGCCGUGGUGGCGCUGCCGCCGCCCUGCGCGCUCGCCGCCGAGGCUGCGCAACGGCUCAGGAACGCCUACGACAGGGUGAUCCAGCUGUGGCAGCGGAAGCAACUGCGCAUGCGGCAGAACAUGAUCUUCGCCACCAUCAAGGUGGUCAAGGGAUGGGACUUCCCGCAGUUCGUUGCCAUGGGCGCGGAGCAGCGGCAGGCGAUCCGUCGCGCGCUGAACGAGGACGCCGAGAAGCUGCUGAGCGAGGGCGACCCCGCCGACCCGCAGCUGCGCCGCCUGCGCCGCGAGAUCGACGACGUCAACCGCCUCUUCGACGAGUUCGAGCGACGAGCCAGGGCCGAAGAGGAGAGCAAGAAUGCCGCGCGCAUCUUCACCGAACAAUCAUCGUCGCUGCUAGAGCGGCUCGAGGUGCUGGAGCGUCAGCUGCACGAGCGCAUCGCUAGCCACAUCCCGCGCGACCUGGACUCGCUCGAGCACCUCGUGCUGCAGCACAAGGACUGGGAGAGCUCCGUGCACGCGCUCACCAGCCACGUCGAGGAGGUGCAGGCCACCUUCAGAGGCAUCGCCCUAAAGACACCGGCCAUGAAGAAGAACCUCGACAAGGUCAUGGGCAAGUGGAACGACAUGCAGUCUAAGAGCCAACUGUUCGUCGAACGGCUGAAGUACGUAGAAAUCGUAGUAAACAGCAUGGAAGAGAACAACCAGAGCAUCACCGAAUUCGAAAUCAAGCUCGCGCAGUUCAACGACCUACCCAACGACAUCGAACUGCUGAAAGAUAUGCACGAGGACCUGCUCCGCAUGCAGGUGGCGGUGAGCAAGCAGCAGGUGGCGGUGGAGCAGAUGAACGACGACGCGGAGAACUGCCGCCGGCUGGUGGAGGGCUCGCGCGCCGCGCUGCCGCACGCGUCGCUGCCGCGCGCCGGCAAGCACGUCGACCUCGAGCGGCUCGACAAGGAGGUCGCGCAGCUCAACGCGCGCUGGAACAACGUGUGCCAGCAGCUGGCUGAACGCCUCCGAAGCUGCGAGGCCGCAUACCAACUCCUGCGCAACUACAACGCCGGGCACGAGAAAGAGGCCGAAUGGAUCGACGACUCGUUCGGCAAGCUGCAGGCGCAGCCGCCCAUCGAGGUGCGCCCCAAGGAACAGUUCGAGCCCACCAGGAAUCUACUGACCAGUGUUGUGGAGCGAACGCCAAAGAUAGAGAAGGUUAACGUUGACGGUGGCAGAUUCAUAAGAGAGGCGAAGAUCCACUCAUCGAGAUGCCAGCGUUACGCCGAAUGGCUCUGCGACGAGGUGCACCCCUCGCUCGACAUGAAGCAAGUGAAGCGUCAGGCCGAGCUCGACCAGGCCGAGAGACACCGCAGCAGGAACAAGCCCGUGCCGGAGCAGAGCGGCGCGGAGAACGUGGCCAGAGAACUGGAUGACCUGAACGCGAAGCACCAGAGAUUGCUUGACAUGCUAUAUGAAAGAUUGAGGAGGAUCGCCGCCGCCAACCCUGGAGACAUUGUCACAUUGCGUCUCGUGGAGGCGAUGGCGCCGCGCUCCGCGCGCUCCUUCCGCCAGGAGUUCAAUAUGCAGGACCUGGCCACCUCCACCGAGCACACCUACACCUCCACAUAUACCUCCGAACAAUACGUCAGGACGUCGCAUUCGACAGAGCUAGACGGGCACACGCCCAUAUCUAACGGCAAACUAGUCUCGCCCAACUACACGACCAAAACUAUCAUCGAAGACGACAGACCUGACAUAAGGAAUCUCAAACGAGUACACAAAAUGUACGAAGGGCCUAACAUAAUAGAGUCCAGAGGUAUCGUCCACCCAGAGACGAAAGAAAUACUCACAGUCGGACAAGCUAUAAACAUGAGAAUACUCGAUGUUCGGACGGGCAGAUUACUAUCAUCGCCUGAAACGAGACAAACUAUGACAAUAGAGCAAGCAGCGAAGCAGGGGCUCAUAGAUCCCAAACUUGCUGCGAGGUUAACGGGACCUUGUGGAGUAACAGAAGACGGAAACGAAGUUACCUUACUGGAAGCAAUCCAGAGCGAACUGUACGACGCCGAACAGGGACUGGCGGACCCAGCGGAAAAGAGAAUAAAGCAAGCAGUAGAGGAGAAGUACAGACUUUGCGACGAGACGCUGUCGAAGCUGUUGGAAUGGAUCGCGGUGGUGGAGGAGCGGCUCGCCAACCAGGAGGCCGUCAAGGAGGACCUGGACGAGCUGCGCAACCAGAUCAAUAUUCUCAAGCUGAUCAAGGAUGACCUGGAGAGCCACCAGCGGCAGGUGUCGGCGUGCUCGGACCAGGCCAAGCAGCUGCUCGUGUCCGGAGGAGACGUGCUGGCUCCGCAUGAGGUGGCAGCACUGGAGCGCGGUGUGCGCCAGCUGAAGCAGCGGUGCGACAAGUGCUCCGACAAGUGCGACAAGAUGCUCCGGCGACUCGCCGCGGCGCGUGACGAGCUCGGCAAAUUCAAUAACGAGCUGAACACGUUCAACACUUGGAUGGAGGGCGCGUACCGCACACUGGAGGAGAAGGAGGCGGCGAUAUCGAAGCUGAAGAACCUGCCCGGGCAGAGCGAGGACGUGCGCGAGUUCGUGUCCGACGUGAUCGCGCACCAGGCCGACCUGCGCUUCAUCACCAUGGCCGCGCAGAAGUUCGUCGACGAGAGCAAGGAAUUCCUCACAAUCCUGAACGACUACCGCACAUCGCUGCCCUCUCGCCUGUCCCACAUCCACCCGUCGGGCGACAGCGCGCUGCGCGAAGCCGCGGCUCUAGCCAGGAGGAGACACGCGGAGCUGGCCGCGCGCGCGCAGCGCCUGCAGGAGAGGCUGAGAGGCGCCGCUGACGUCACCAAGCAGUACCACGACGCUCUGGACCGCGCGCAGCGGUGGAUGAAGGAGGUUGAACCUCAGGCGCGCUCGGUGAUAUCAGAGCCCGUCGGCGGCGAGCCUCGCGCCGUGGAGACGCAGCUUGCACGCGCUAAGGCGCUGCACUCCGAGAUCUUAGCGCAGGGCCGCCUCGUCGACAACGCUAAGGACGCAUGCGACCAGCUAGUCAAAUCCCUGGAAGGCAACCUGACACCAGCAGAGAUCCGGCAGCUCGAAGUCCCGGUGCUGGACCUGACGGCGCGCUACGCGGAGCUGACGGGCGCCGUGGGCUCGAGAUGCCAGGAGCUGGAGGCCGCGCUGCUGCAGUGCCAGGGGCUGCAGGACGCCGCCGAAACGCAGGCGCAGUGGCUGCAGCAGGCCGAGACACUGUUCAAGACGCAAUCAAAACCAGCGUCCCUGAUCCGCGAGCGGCUCGACGAGCAAGUGCGCGAGCAGCGCAUCGCGCACGCGUCGCUGGAGGCGCGGCGCGCCACGCUCGCCAAGCUGCUCGGCCAGGUGCGCGACGCCGCCGCCAACCCCAGCAACGCCAGGAUCGCCAAGAAGCUGGAGCAGAGGGCGGAGGAUAUUUACAACAGAUACGAGAAGCUAUUGGAGCGCUCUACGAAGCGCAACGAGUUCCUGGAGGGCGUGUGGAGCGAGCUGUCCCACUUCACGCAGCUCGCCAACAAGCUGGACGCCGCGCACGCGCAGCUGCUGGAGCAGGCCGACUCCAGGGAGCUGGCGAGGAUGAACGCCGAUGAGCUGCGCUCCAGGCUGAGCGACCUCGCGCACUUCAGAGACGUACAAAUGCCGCUGCUAGACGAAUGCCUGCAGCAAGGCAAACAGCUGAUCUCCAAGAAGGACGUCACCGACACACACGUCGUCCGUGACAGGAUGAAGCUCCUGGAGAACGCAUGGCGCGACUUCAAUACGUCACUGGAGGAGAAACAGAAGCUGUCCAAGCAGCGCGCCGACCAGCUCAGCCAGUAUGAGACCCUCCGCGCUCAGGUGUUGGAGUGGCUCCAGUCGUUCGAGAACCGAGUCGGCCGCCUGCAGCCCGUGGCGCUCGACCUGGAAGUGCUCAAGCAGCAGGCCGACGAGCUGCGACCGCUGGCCAAGGAGUACCGCGACUACUCCAUUACUAUCGACAAGGUGAACGAGGCGGGAGCAGUGUACGAAGCUCUGACACGUGGCGACCGCGUGGACAGCCCGCACCGCAAGAGACAGCUCUACAGUCCCACCAAGCGACAGACGCCAGUACGCACACUGGACGGUCGCUCGCCCUCUCCAACCAAGGGCCACGGGCUGGUGAGUCCGGGCUCCACGCACUCCACGUCCAGCGGCUUCUCAUCUCGCCGCUCGUCCAGCGACCAACUACAUCUUGAAGAACUGUCGCCGGUACAACAGCAGCUGUCAGAGAUCAACAACCGGUACAGCUUGCUCGGAACUAAACUGGCCGACCGCCAGGGCGAGCUCGACUCAGUCCGUGAAGAGCUGAGACGCCAUGAGGACACCAUCCGCAACACGCAUCACUUCCUGGACAAGGUCCAGAGGCAACUGCCAAAGGAUUGCGUCCCCAACACGAAGGAGGAAGCCGACAAGACCAUCAAGCAAGUCCGCGCCGUGCUCGAAGAGAUGUACGAGAAACAGAGCACGCUUGACUCCGCAAAGACUCAGGUCCGCGAGCUGCUGAAGCGCAAGCAGGGCGUGGCGGGCGCCGACCGGCUGCACGACGCCAUGGAGGACGUCGUGUCGCGCUGGAGGAACCUGCACGACGCCUGCAAGGACAAGAUCCGCCUGAUGGAGGAGGUGAAGGACUUCCAAGACACACACAGCAACCUGUCGUCGUGGCUGCUGUCCAAGGACCGCAUGAUGACUGCGCUGGGACCCAUCUCCUCAGACUCGCGCAUGGUGCAGACGCAAGUGCAGCAGGUGCAAGUCCUCCGCGAAGAGUUCCGCACGCAGCAGCCGCAGCUGUCCCACCUGGAGCAGGUGGCGGCCGGCGUGCUGGAGCGCCUCGAGCCACGCUCGCCCGACGCGGAGAAGCUGCGCACCAAGCUCAAGGACCUGCAGGACCGCUGGAACGAUCUGCUCAACAAACUGGAGCAGCGUGCGUCAAGCCUGGGCGCGGCGGCGGACACGUCGCGCGAGUUCGACGCCGGGCUGGCGCGCCUGCGCGACGCGCUGCAGACCAUCGGCGACAAGCUCGACGACCUCGCCAUGGAGAAGGAGCCCGAGGAGCAGCUCAGGAAGAUCGAGAACCUCGAGCGUCAACUGGAGGGCCAACGUCCGCUGCUGGCCGACCUGGAGGCGGCGGGCGCGGCGCUGGCCGACGUGCUGUCCGACCCGGCCUCGCGCCAGGACAUACAGAGCAAGCUGGCCGCCGUCGGCCGCCAGUACGACAACCUGCAGAGGAAGCUCGACCACAGGAAGGCGGAGAUCGAGGCGGCGCUCAAGGACGGACGCAACUUGGAGGAGAACGUGGCCCGCACGCUGGGCUGGCUGCAGUCCGAGCUGAACUCGCUCCCCGGCAAGCUGCAGGUGUCCGCCGACAAGCACAAGCUGCAGCAGCAGCUGGAGCGACACGAGCCGCUCUACCGCGAGGUCACGCAGCGCGAGCACGAGCUCAUCAUGCUGCUCGACAAAGGUAACGUCAACCUGGAGGAGAACGUGGCCCGCACGCUGGGCUGGCUGCAGUCCGAGCUGAACUCGCUCCCCGGCAAGCUGCAGGUGUCCGCCGACAAGCACAAGCUGCAGCAGCAGCUGGAGCGACACGAGCCGCUCUACCGCGAGGUCACGCAGCGCGAGCACGAGCUCAUCAUGCUGCUCGACAAAGGUAACGUCAACCUGGAGGAGAACGUGGCCCGCACGCUGGGCUGGCUGCAGUCCGAGCUGAACUCGCUCCCCGGCAAGCUGCAGGUGUCCGCCGACAAGCACAAGCUGCAGCAGCAGCUGGAGCGACACGAGCCGCUCUACCGCGAGGUCACGCAGCGCGAGCACGAGCUCAUCAUGCUGCUCGACAAAGGUAACGUCAACCUGGAGGAGAACGUGGCCCGCACGCUGGGCUGGCUGCAGUCCGAGCUGAACUCGCUCCCCGGCAAGCUGCAGGUGUCCGCCGACAAGCACAAGCUGCAGCAGCAGCUGGAGCGACACGAGCCGCUCUACCGCGAGGUCACGCAGCGCGAGCACGAGCUCAUCAUGCUGCUCGACAAAGGUAACGUCAACCUGGAGGAGAACGUGGCCCGCACGCUGGGCUGGCUGCAGUCCGAGCUGAACUCGCUCCCCGGCAAGCUGCAGGUGUCCGCCGACAAGCACAAGCUGCAGCAGCAGCUGGAGCGACACGAGCCGCUCUACCGCGAGGUCACGCAGCGCGAGCACGAGCUCAUCAUGCUGCUCGACAAAGGUCGUGAGAUGGAGAAGAAGCCCGCCCACCAAGGCUUACGCAAGGACCUGGACCGCGUGCAGACGCAGUGGGAGAAACUCAAGCGGGAGACCCACGACCGACACACACGCCUACAGGCCGCUAUGGAGCACUGCCGUAAAUACUCGAAGGCGCAAGAGAACUUCCUCCCCUGGAUCUCGGAGGCUGAGGAAAGAAUCAGCAAGCUGCCGCCCGCCGUGUUCACCAAGCGCGACGUGGAGAAGCAGCUGCGAGAGCUGCAGAGCAUCAGGAACGACAUCUGGAAGAGGUCUGGUGAAUACGAGAACAACAAAACUCUGGGCGAGACCUUCAUCUCGGCCUGCGACGUGGACCAGGAUAUCGUACGAUCUCAGCUCGACAGCAUGAAGCAGCGAUGGGACCGCCUCAAUAACGAGGUGUUCCAACAAGUGGAAUUCCUGGAGUCGACCGCGCGCAAGCUGGGCGAGUUCCAGGAGCGCGUGCGCGCGGUGGAGACGCCGCUGCAGCGCUGCGAGGAGCGCCUGCAGGACGCGCUGGGCGCGCCGCCCCAGCAGGCGGCUGAAGCCGUCGCGCGCGUCGCCGACACCGUGCAGGCGCUCAGGGCGCCGCUGCAGGUAACACUGCCCACUGUACCCGCGCGCAAGCUGGGCGAGUUCCAGGAGCGCGUGCGCGCGGUGGAGACGCCGCUGCAGCGCUGCGAGGAGCGCCUGCAGGACGCGCUGGGCGCGCCGCCCCAGCAGGCGGCUGAAGCCGUCGCGCGCGUCGCCGACACCGUGCAGGCGCUCAGGGCGCCGCUGCAGGUAACACUGCCCACUGUACCCUCGCGCAAGCUGGGCGAGUUCCAGGAGCGCGUGCGCGCGGUGGAGACGCCGCUGCAGCGCUGCGAGGAGCGCCUGCAGGACGCGCUGGGCGCGCCGCCCCAGCAGGCGGCUGAAGCCGUCGCGCGCGUCGCCGACACCGUGCAGGCGCUCAGGGCGCCGCUGCAGGUAACACUGCCCACUGUACCCUCGCGCAAGCUGGGCGAGUUCCAGGAGCGCGUGCGCGCGGUGGAGACGCCGCUGCAGCGCUGCGAGGAGCGCCUGCAGGACGCGCUGGGCGCGCCGCCCCAGCAGGCGGCUGAAGCCGUCGCGCGCGUCGCCGACACCGUGCAGGCGCUCAGGGCGCCGCUGCAGGUAACACUGCCCACUGUACCCUCGCGCAAGCUGGGCGAGUUCCAGGAGCGCGUGCGCGCGGUGGAGACGCCGCUGCAGCGCUGCGAGGAGCGCCUGCAGGACGCGCUGGGCGCGCCGCCCCAGCAGGCGGCUGAAGCCGUCGCGCGCGUCGCCGACACCGUGCAGGCGCUCAGGGCGCCGCUGCAGGUAACACUGCCCACUGUACCCUCGCGCAAGCUGGGCGAGUUCCAGGAGCGCGUGCGCGCGGUGGAGACGCCGCUGCAGCGCUGCGAGGAGCGCCUGCAGGACGCGCUGGGCGCGCCGCCCCAGCAGGCGGCUGAAGCCGUCGCGCGCGUCGCCGACACCGUGCAGGCGCUCAGGGCGCCGCUGCAGGUAACACUGCCCACUGUACCCUCGCGCAAGCUGGGCGAGUUCCAGGAGCGCGUGCGCGCGGUGGAGACGCCGCUGCAGCGCUGCGAGGAGCGCCUGCAGGACGCGCUGGGCGCGCCGCCCCAGCAGGCGGCUGAAGCCGUCGCGCGCGUCGCCGACACCGUGCAGGCGCUCAGGGCGCCGCUGCAGGUAACACUGCCCACUGUACCCUCGCGCAAGCUGGGCGAGUUCCAGGAGCGCGUGCGCGCGGUGGAGACGCCGCUGCAGCGCUGCGAGGAGCGCCUGCAGGACGCGCUGGGCGCGCCGCCCCAGCAGGCGGCUGAAGCCGUCGCGCGCGUCGCCGACACCGUGCAGGCGCUCAGGGCGCCGCUGCAGGUAACACUGCCCACUGUACCCUCGCGCAAGCUGGGCGAGUUCCAGGAGCGCGUGCGCGCGGUGGAGACGCCGCUGCAGCGCUGCGAGGAGCGCCUGCAGGACGCGCUGGGCGCGCCGCCCCAGCAGGCGGCUGAAGCCGUCGCGCGCGUCGCCGACACCGUGCAGGCGCUCAGGGCGCCGCUGCAGGUAACACUGCCCACUGUACCCUCGCGCAAGCUGGGCGAGUUCCAGGAGCGCGUGCGCGCGGUGGAGACGCCGCUGCAGCGCUGCGAGGAGCGCCUGCAGGACGCGCUGGGCGCGCCGCCCCAGCAGGCGGCUGAAGCCGUCGCGCGCGUCGCCGACACCGUGCAGGCGCUCAGGGCGCCGCUGCAGGUAACACUGCCCACUGUACCCUCGCGCAAGCUGGGCGAGUUCCAGGAGCGCGUGCGCGCGGUGGAGACGCCGCUGCAGCGCUGCGAGGAGCGCCUGCAGGACGCGCUGGGCGCGCCGCCCCAGCAGGCGGCUGAAGCCGUCGCGCGCGUCGCCGACACCGUGCAGGCGCUCAGGGCGCCGCUGCAGGUAACACUGCCCACUGUACCCUCGCGCAAGCUGGGCGAGUUCCAGGAGCGCGUGCGCGCGGUGGAGACGCCGCUGCAGCGCUGCGAGGAGCGCCUGCAGGACGCGCUGGGCGCGCCGCCCCAGCAGGCGGCUGAAGCCGUCGCGCGCGUCGCCGACACCGUGCAGGCGCUCAGGGCGCCGCUGCAGGUAACACUGCCCACUGUACCCUCGCGCAAGCUGGGCGAGUUCCAGGAGCGCGUGCGCGCGGUGGAGACGCCGCUGCAGCGCUGCGAGGAGCGCCUGCAGGACGCGCUGGGCGCGCCGCCCCAGCAGGCGGCUGAAGCCGUCGCGCGCGUCGCCGACACCGUGCAGGCGCUCAGGGCGCCGCUGCAGGUAACACUGCCCACUGUACCCUCGCGCAAGCUGGGCGAGUUCCAGGAGCGCGUGCGCGCGGUGGAGACGCCGCUGCAGCGCUGCGAGGAGCGCCUGCAGGACGCGCUGGGCGCGCCGCCCCAGCAGGCGGCUGAAGCCGUCGCGCGCGUCGCCGACACCGUGCAGGCGCUCAGGGCGCCGCUGCAGGUAACACUGCCCACUGUACCCUCGCGCAAGCUGGGCGAGUUCCAGGAGCGCGUGCGCGCGGUGGAGACGCCGCUGCAGCGCUGCGAGGAGCGCCUGCAGGACGCGCUGGGCGCGCCGCCCCAGCAGGCGGCUGAAGCCGUCGCGCGCGUCGCCGACACCGUGCAGGCGCUCAGGGCGCCGCUGCAGGUAACACUGCCCACUGUACCCUCGCGCAAGCUGGGCGAGUUCCAGGAGCGCGUGCGCGCGGUGGAGACGCCGCUGCAGCGCUGCGAGGAGCGCCUGCAGGACGCGCUGGGCGCGCCGCCCCAGCAGGCGGCUGAAGCCGUCGCGCGCGUCGCCGACACCGUGCAGGCGCUCAGGGCGCCGCUGCAGGUAACACUGCCCACUGUACCCUCGCGCAAGCUGGGCGAGUUCCAGGAGCGCGUGCGCGCGGUGGAGACGCCGCUGCAGCGCUGCGAGGAGCGCCUGCAGGACGCGCUGGGCGCGCCGCCCCAGCAGGCGGCUGAAGCCGUCGCGCGCGUCGCCGACACCGUGCAGGCGCUCAGGGCGCCGCUGCAGGUAACACUGCCCACUGUACCCUCGCGCAAGCUGGGCGAGUUCCAGGAGCGCGUGCGCGCGGUGGAGACGCCGCUGCAGCGCUGCGAGGAGCGCCUGCAGGACGCGCUGGGCGCGCCGCCCCAGCAGGCGGCUGAAGCCGUCGCGCGCGUCGCCGACACCGUGCAGGCGCUCAGGGCGCCGCUGCAGGUAACACUGCCCACUGUACCCUCGCGCAAGCUGGGCGAGUUCCAGGAGCGCGUGCGCGCGGUGGAGACGCCGCUGCAGCGCUGCGAGGAGCGCCUGCAGGACGCGCUGGGCGCGCCGCCCCAGCAGGCGGCUGAAGCCGUCGCGCGCGUCGCCGACACCGUGCAGGCGCUCAGGGCGCCGCUGCAGGUAACACUGCCCACUGUACCCUCGCGCAAGCUGGGCGAGUUCCAGGAGCGCGUGCGCGCGGUGGAGACGCCGCUGCAGCGCUGCGAGGAGCGCCUGCAGGACGCGCUGGGCGCGCCGCCCCAGCAGGCGGCUGAAGCCGUCGCGCGCGUCGCCGACACCGUGCAGGCGCUCAGGGCGCCGCUGCAGGUAACACUGCCCACUGUACCCUCGCGCAAGCUGGGCGAGUUCCAGGAGCGCGUGCGCGCGGUGGAGACGCCGCUGCAGCGCUGCGAGGAGCGCCUGCAGGACGCGCUGGGCGCGCCGCCCCAGCAGGCGGCUGAAGCCGUCGCGCGCGUCGCCGACACCGUGCAGGCGCUCAGGGCGCCGCUGCAGGUAACACUGCCCACUGUACCCUCGCGCAAGCUGGGCGAGUUCCAGGAGCGCGUGCGCGCGGUGGAGACGCCGCUGCAGCGCUGCGAGGAGCGCCUGCAGGACGCGCUGGGCGCGCCGCCCCAGCAGGCGGCUGAAGCCGUCGCGCGCGUCGCCGACACCGUGCAGGCGCUCAGGGCGCCGCUGCAGGUAACACUGCCCACUGUACCCUCGCGCAAGCUGGGCGAGUUCCAGGAGCGCGUGCGCGCGGUGGAGACGCCGCUGCAGCGCUGCGAGGAGCGCCUGCAGGACGCGCUGGGCGCGCCGCCCCAGCAGGCGGCUGAAGCCGUCGCGCGCGUCGCCGACACCGUGCAGGCGCUCAGGGCGCCGCUGCAGGUAACACUGCCCACUGUACCCUCGCGCAAGCUGGGCGAGUUCCAGGAGCGCGUGCGCGCGGUGGAGACGCCGCUGCAGCGCUGCGAGGAGCGCCUGCAGGACGCGCUGGGCGCGCCGCCCCAGCAGGCGGCUGAAGCCGUCGCGCGCGUCGCCGACACCGUGCAGGCGCUCAGGGCGCCGCUGCAGGUAACACUGCCCACUGUACCCUCGCGCAAGCUGGGCGAGUUCCAGGAGCGCGUGCGCGCGGUGGAGACGCCGCUGCAGCGCUGCGAGGAGCGCCUGCAGGACGCGCUGGGCGCGCCGCCCCAGCAGGCGGCUGAAGCCGUCGCGCGCGUCGCCGACACCGUGCAGGCGCUCAGGGCGCCGCUGCAGGUAACACUGCCCACUGUACCCUCGCGCAAGCUGGGCGAGUUCCAGGAGCGCGUGCGCGCGGUGGAGACGCCGCUGCAGCGCUGCGAGGAGCGCCUGCAGGACGCGCUGGGCGCGCCGCCCCAGCAGGCGGCUGAAGCCGUCGCGCGCGUCGCCGACACCGUGCAGGCGCUCAGGGCGCCGCUGCAGGUAACACUGCCCACUGUACCCUCGCGCAAGCUGGGCGAGUUCCAGGAGCGCGUGCGCGCGGUGGAGACGCCGCUGCAGCGCUGCGAGGAGCGCCUGCAGGACGCGCUGGGCGCGCCGCCCCAGCAGGCGGCUGAAGCCGUCGCGCGCGUCGCCGACACCGUGCAGGCGCUCAGGGCGCCGCUGCAGGUAACACUGCCCACUGUACCCUCGCGCAAGCUGGGCGAGUUCCAGGAGCGCGUGCGCGCGGUGGAGACGCCGCUGCAGCGCUGCGAGGAGCGCCUGCAGGACGCGCUGGGCGCGCCGCCCCAGCAGGCGGCUGAAGCCGUCGCGCGCGUCGCCGACACCGUGCAGGCGCUCAGGGCGCCGCUGCAGGUAACACUGCCCACUGUACCCUCGCGCAAGCUGGGCGAGUUCCAGGAGCGCGUGCGCGCGGUGGAGACGCCGCUGCAGCGCUGCGAGGAGCGCCUGCAGGACGCGCUGGGCGCGCCGCCCCAGCAGGCGGCUGAAGCCGUCGCGCGCGUCGCCGACACCGUGCAGGCGCUCAGGGCGCCGCUGCAGAGUGUAAACGCAGCAGUAGACGACAUCGUGACAAUGGCGCACGAGAUGGCCGGGCCGGACGCGGCGGGGCGCGCGCGGCACGUGCUGGACGCCACGGCGGGCGCGCUGGCCGAGCGGCUGGACGAGCUGGACGCGAGGGCCGGAGAGGCCCGGGACCGGCUCGCUGGCGCUGCGAGCGCUAUGACGCACUUCCAGGAGAAAGUCAAGAGCCUAUCAGCGGACCUGUCAGAUUUAGAGAAGGAACUAGACACGAUGAAACCGCCCGGCCGAGACAUCAAGACCGUCCGCCAGCAACUGGACGACAUCACACGCUUCUACAAGCGGCUGGAGCGAGCGGACGACGUGGUGGCCGACGUGGAACGCGCGGCUGAGGGGCUGGUCGACAGUGGGUACGCGGGUGACGCUGCCAAGACUAGAGACCAGGUUGAAGGGCUCCGUAAACAGCUGGGCAAGUUGGACGAGCGUGCCCGCGCCCGCGAACAGGACCUCGACGACACACUCAGCAAGCUCGAGGCCUUCUACAAGGCCUACGACUCCGUCAUGGACGACGUACAGGAGGCCUCCGAGCAAGUCCGCAGCCUGAAGCCCGUAUCCUCCGAAGUGGAGCAGAUCCGCGCGCAGCAGAAGGACUUCGCGGAGCUGCGGCGGCGCACGCUGGAGCCGCUCGGGCAGAACGUGGCGCACUGCAACAAGAUCGGCCAGGGGCUGGUGCGCUCCGCGCUGGCCGCCGUCUCCACGCAGCAGCUCGAGAAGGAUCUGGAGAAGAUGAACGACAAGUGGAACGCGCUCAAGGAGAAGAUGAACGAGCGCGAGCGCCGGCUGGACGUGGGCCUGCUGCAGUCGGGCAAGUUCGCGGAGGCGCUGGCCGGGCUCGACAAGUGGCUGUCCGACACCGAGGACAUGGUGCGCAACCAGAAACCGCCCUCCGCCGACUACAAGGUCGUCAAGGCGCAGCUGCAGGAACAGAAGUUCCUGAAAAAGAUGCUGAUGGACCGUCAGAACAGCAUGUCGUCGCUGUUCGCGAUGGGCAACGAGGUGGCGGCCGGCUGCGACAGUGGCGAGCGCAAGGCCAUCGAGAAACAGCUCAAGGGGCUCAUGCAGCGCUUCGACGCGCUCACCGACGGCGCGCAGCAGCGCAUGCUCGACCUAGAGCAGGCUAUGAAGGUUGCAAAACAAUUCCAAGAAGAACUGCAGCCCCUAGUGGAGUGGCUGACGAGCACCGAGCGCAAGGUCAAGGCGCUGGAGCUCGUGCCCACCGACGAGGAGAAGAUCCAACUUAAGAUCAGAGAACACAAGGCGCUGCACGACGACGUGCUAUCGAAGCGGCCCGCCUUCCAACAACUGACGGAGACGGCGUCCGCGCUGAUGGCGCUCGUCGGCGACGACGAGGCCGCCGCGCUCGCUGACCGCCUGCAAGCUGCCACUGACAGAUACCAAGCGCUGGUGGAGCACAGCCUGAACAUCGGCGAGCUGCUGGACAACUCGCGCAAGGGGCUGCGGCACCUGGUGCUCACGUACCAGGACCUGUCGGCCUGGAUGGACGCCAUGGAGCAGUACCUCGCCAAGAGGAAGGUGUUGCCAGUGCACAUGGAGAAGCUGCUGCGGCAGAUGGACGAGCUGGCCGAAAAAACCGAAGAGAUAGCCUCCAAGCAAGAGGCCGUCGACAGCACAGUGGACUCCGGCCUCGAGCUGAUGAAGCACAUCUCCGGCGAUGAGGCCCUGCAGCUCAAGGACAAGCUGGACGCGCUGCAGAGACGUUACAAUGAUCUCACCAGCAAGGGCGCCGACCUGCUGCGCAUAGCCUCGGAGACGCUGCCGCUUGUGCAGCAGUUCUUCAAUGCCCAUAACAACUUGACGGAAUGGAUGUCAGGCGCGGAAUCGUGCCUGCAGUCCGUGGAGCCGCGCGAGGAAGACAUCCUUCGCCUCGAAGGCGACUUGCAAGAGUUCCGUCCGCUGCUCGACAACAUCAACCUACUCGGGCCGCAGCUGUGCCAGAUCUCGCCGGGAGAGGGCGCCACGCACAUCGAGGGCAUCGUCACGAGGGACAACCGCCGCUUCGACGCUAUCGCGGAACAGGUGCAGCGCAAGGCCGAGAGGCUGCUGCUUAGCAAGAAGCGCUCCCUGGAGGUGGUGGGCGACAUGGAGGAGCUGCUGGAGUGGCUGCGCACGGUGUUCGCGCAGCUGCGCGACGCGGAGCCGCCGUCCAGCCAGCCGGCGCUGGUGCGCGCGCAGCUCAAGGCGCAGCGCCCGCUCAACGACGACGUCGCCGCGCAGCGCGUGCGCGUGCGCGACCUGCUCUCGCAGGCCAAGAAGGUGCUCCGCGAGUGCCAGUCAUCGGAGGAGACGGCCGUGAUCCGCGACCGCAGCGAGGAGCUGAAGGAGAUGAUGGAGGAGGUGGGGCAGCUCAGCGCCGAGCGCCUCGCCGCGCUGGAGCAGGCCCUGCCUCUGGCCGAACACUUCGCAGACACACACCAAGGACUGUCGAUGUGGUUGGACGACAUGGAGAAGCAGAUCCAGAUGCUGGCCAUGCCGGCGCUGCGCCCCGAGCAGAUCGCGCAGCAGCAGGACAAGAACGAGAUGCUGCAACAGUCGAUCCUGGGUCACAAGCCGCUGGUGGACAAGCUGGUGAAGACGGGCGAGGCGCUGGCGCGGCUGGUGGGCGAGGAGGACGCCGCGCGGGUGCAGGACGUGGUGGAGGCGGACUGCGAGCGCUACAACGCGCUGCGCGCCGAGCUGCGCACCAGGCAGCAGGCGCUCGAACAGGCACUGCAAGAGUCAUCGCAGUUCUCAGACAAGCUAGAGGGCAUGCUGCGCGCGCUGGCCGGCACUCAGGACCAACUGCAACGCGCCGAGCCCGUGUCCGCGCACCCGCCCAAGAUAGAAGACCAAAUCGAGGAGAACAACGCCUUGAUCGAAGACCUGGAGAAGCGUACCGAGGCGUACAACGCGGUGCAGCGCGCCGCCUCCGACGUCAUCAGCAAGGCUAACAAGAGCGACCCCGCCGUGCGCGACAUCCGCAACAAACUCGACAAGCUGCACAAACUAUGGGACGAGGUGCAGAAGGCGACGUCGGACCGCGGGCGCUCGCUGGACAGCGCGCUGGAGGUGGCGCGCAAGUUCUGGAAGCAGCUGGACGCGCUGAUGGCCACGCUGGCCGAGCUGGAGGACACGCUCACCGCGCAGCCGCCGCCCGCCGCGCAGCCGCGCGCCAUCCAGGCGCAGCAGGUCGCGCUGCAGGAGAUCCGACACGAGAUCGACCACACCAAGCCGGAGGUGGAGAAAGUCCGCAAGACGGGCUCGCACCUGAUGUCGCUGUGCGGCGAGCCGGACAAACCCGAGGUGAAGAAGCACAUGGAGGACCUGGACAGCGCGUGGGACAACGUCACCGCGCUCUACGCGCGCCGCGAGGAGAACCUUAUCGACGCCAUGGAGAAGGCCAUGGAGUUCCAUGACACGCUGCAGAAUCUGCAAGAAUUCCUGGACAAGGCAGAAGACAAGUUCUCCCGCAUGGGGGCGCUCGGGUCCGACAUCGACGCCGUCAAGAGGCAGAUCUCGCAGCUGGCCGCGUUCAAGCAGGAGGUCGACCCGCACAUGGUGAAGGUCGAGGCCCUCAACAGGCAAGCUCAGGAGCUAACAGAGCGCACGUCAUCCGAGCAAGCGGCCGCCAUCAAGCAGCCCCUGACCGAGGUGAACGCGCGCUGGUCGGCGCUGCUGCGCGGCAUGGUGGAGCGCCAGCAGCAGCUGGAGCGCGCGCUGCUGCGGCUCGGGCAGCUGCAGCACGCGCUGCAGGAGCUGCUCGCCUGGAUCAACCACACCAGCGACACGCUCGACACGCUCAAGCCGGUGGCCGGAGACCCUCAGAUCCUGGAGGUGGAGCUGGCCAAGCUGAAGGUGCUGGUGAACGACAUCGCGGCGCACCAGGCCUCCGUGGACACGCUCAACGACGCGGGCGCGCAGAUCGUGCAGCAGGGUACGGGCACCGACGAGGCGAGCGAGACGGCGGAGAAGCUGAACACCCUCAACAGGAAAUGGCGCGAGCUGCAGCAGAAGGCGCGAGACCGCCAAUCCGAGCUCGAAGACGCGCUCAGGGAAGCACAGAGCUUCAACGCGGAGAUCGGCGACCUGCUGUCUUGGCUGUCGGAGGUGGACGGCGUCAUCGCCGCCUCCAAGCCCGUCGGCGGUCUGCCCGAGACCGCCUCGGAACAGCUCGAGAGGUUCAUGGAGGUGUACAACGAGAUCGAAGCCAACCGUCCGAAGGUGGAGGCGGUACUGCAGCAGGGCCAGGAGUACCUGCGUCGACAGGAGAAGCCCAACCCCUCCAGCCAACUGCAUCAAAACCUCAAGAACCUCAAGUCGCGAUGGGACAAUAUCACUGCCAGAGCAUCGGACAAGAAGAUCAAGCUGGAGAUCGCGCUGAAGGAGGCGACGGAGUUCCAUGACGCGCUGCAGGCCUUCGUCGACUGGCUCACCGGCGCCGAGAAGACCCUCUCCUCCGCCAAGCCCGUGUCCAGGGUUAUGGAGACCUUGCUAGUUCAAAUCGAGGAGCACAAAUCGUUCCAAAAGGAAGUGGCGACGCACCGCGAGACGAUGCUGCACCUGGACAAGAAGGGCACGCACCUGAAGUACUUCAGCCAGAAGCAGGACGUGAUCCUGAUCAAGAACCUGCUGGUCUCCGUGCAGCACCGCUGGGAGCGCGUCGUGGCCAAGUGCGCCGAGCGCACGAGAGCGCUCGACCACGGCGUCAAGGAGGCCAAGGAGUUCAGCGACAUGUGGAACAACCUGAUGAACUGGCUCAACGAUACCGAGAAACAGCUAGACGAACUCAACUCGGAGACCACCGUCAACGACCCGGAGAAGAUCAAACAGAGACUGUCGAAGCACCGCGAGUUCCAAAAGGCGCUGGCGGGCAAGCAGCCCGUGUACGACCAGACGCAGAAGGUCGGCAAGACGCUCAAGGACAAGGCGCCCAAGACCGACGAGCCGACAUUACGAACCAUGCUCCAAGAUCUCAAGACCAAGUGGACCACCGUCUGCUCGAAGGCCGUCGACCGACAACGCAAGCUGGAAGAAGCGCUGUUAUACUCGGGACAGUUCAAGGACGCGAUGUCCGCGCUGCUGGAGUGGCUGAAGAAGCAGCAGACCAAGCUGGCGGCCGACUCGCCCGUGCACGGAGACCUAGACACCGUCAUGGCGCUCAUUGAACAGCACAAGCAAUUCGAGGAAGAUUUCCACUCUCGCGAACAACAAAUGCAGUCUGUACUGAAGACCGGCAAAGAUCUGGAAGCCACGGUGCCGCGCGAAGACGCAAUCGGCAUCCGUCAACAGUGCAGCGAGCUGAAGCAGGCUUGGGACUCCGUCAAAAGCUUAAGCGAGAAGAAAGCGCACCGACUUGAAUCUGCGCUCAAGGAGGCUGAAAAACUGCACAAAUCCGUGAACAUGCUCCUCGAAUGGCUCUCCGACGCCGAGACCAAGCUGCGCUUCUCCGGACAACUGCCGGAAGGCGACCAGGAGACCCAACAGCAGUUACGAGACCACGAGAGGUUCAUCCGCGAACUGAAGGAGAAGAAGCGCGACAAGGACGACACCAUCACGCUGGCCCAGUCUAUCUUGGGCAAGGCGCAUCCUGACGCGGUGAACGUCAUCAAACACUGGAUCACCAUCAUACAGAGCCGGUGGGAUGAGGUGUGGCAAUGGGCGAUGCAGCGCGGCGGCAAGCUGGAGACGCACAUGCAGAGCCUGAAGGACCUGGACUCCGUGCUGGAAGAGCUGCUGCAGUGGCUCAUGGGGCUCGAGAACACCCUGCUUUCCCUGGAAGCGGAGCCCCUGCCGGAAUCCAUCGAGCUGCUGGAGGGACUCAUCGAGGACCACAAGGAGCUCAUGGAGAACACGCAGAAGAGGCAGAACGAGGUCGACCGCGUCUGCAAGGCCUACCAGGUCAAGAGUCAAAGCCAAGGAAGGGAGUCGACACCGCGCAAGGUUUCGGCGAAAUCCGCCGUCAAGGGUGCACCUGGACGCGGCUCGCAGCACGACCUGAACAGGGAACGAUCGGUGUCGCCCGACUAUUAUGGCUCUAGGCGGUACAGCAGUCGCGUGAGCCCGGGCCGCGAGACGCCCGACCGCAACCUGCCGCACUACGGGCCGCGGUUCCCGCCGAGGGGCAGCAAGGGCGCGGAGCCGGAGUUCCGUUCGCCGCGCGUGCGCCAGCUGUGGGACAAGUGGCGCACGGUGUGGCUGCUGGCGUGGGAGCGCCAGCGCCGCCUGCACGAGCGCCUCGCGCACCUCAAGGAGCUGCAGCGAGUGUCCAACUUCAGCUGGGACGACUGGAGAAAGCGGUUCCUGAAGUUCAUGAACCACAAGAAGUCCCGCCUGACAGACCUGUUCCGCAAGAUGGACAAGGACAACAACGGCCUCAUCCCGCGCAACGAGUUCAUCGACGGCAUCAUCAACACCAAAUUCGACACGUCCCGCCUGGAGAUGGGCGCCGUCGCCGACCUGUUCGACAGGAACGGCAGCGGGCUCAUCGACUGGGAGGAGUUCAUCGCGGCGCUGCGGCCCGACUGGGUGGAGCGGCGCGGGCCGCCGACGGACGCGGACAAGAUCCACGACGAGGUGAAGCGGCUGGUGAUGCUGUGCACGUGCCGACAGAAGUUCCGCGUGUUCCAAGUCGGCGAGGGCAAGUACCGGUUCGGCGACUCCCAAAAGCUGCGGCUGGUGCGAAUCCUGCGCUCCACCGUGAUGGUGCGCGUGGGCGGCGGCUGGGUGGCGCUCGACGAGUUCCUCGUCAAGAACGACCCGUGCCGAGCCAAGGGACGUACCAACAUCGAACUGAGGGAACAGUUCAUUCUGGCUGAUGGAGUCUCGCAGAGCAUGGCCGCGUUCCGACCGCGUACGCCCCGCUCUAACACAAACACCCCUCCGUCCACCGGACCCAUCACCAAGCAUAUUCAUUGGAUCCACUGCAUUGGAGAGGUGGCACCUGAGGAGUUUUUGGAGCAGCUGAAGCCUAUAUUUGAGGCAUUAAGGCAGCGAGAAGAGCUACCGUGUUCAUACCCGCUGCACGUCGGUUCCACGCACGGCACAAAGCAGGCCUUCAUAUACGGCCACUCAAGAUCUCAGGGCUCGACGACGCCAGGCGCGCAUCACUACACGCAUCACCAUGGCUACCAACCCUCUCCAGGAUACCACUGGGUGCGCGAACGUACGGCGCGUUCGGUGCCUAUGUCGGGCGGCGUGCAAGGACGUGCCUCGCGUUCAUCACUUAGCGCUGGAACGCCCGACUCCCUCAGCGAUAACGAAGCCGCCAGUGGACUCGGGGCAAGAUAUAGGAAGCCCAGUGUGCCAAGAUCAACAUUGACUCCUGGAGGUUCACGACCAGGUUCCAGACCAGGAUCGAGGACAGGUUCCAAGCCUCCUUCGAGACAUGGCUCUAAUCUCUCAUUAGAUAGUACAGAUGACGUAUUAACGCCUUCCCGCAUACCGAUGCGCAAAGUGACGAACACGCGUACAUCAACGGCGCGCGCGGCGGCCAACGCCGCCAAGCUCGGCGUGGCCACGCCCAACGGCGGCUCGCGGCCCCGCACUCCCACCGGCCUCCUCACGCCAGCUAGUGGAAGGUACCCUAGCGGAGCGAUGUACCGCACGUCCAGUAUACCAACACUGUCGCCGGUCCCGGCGCUCGUGAGCUCGACACAUUCCCAACCAUCCUCAAUGGUUUCCGAACUUCCCAAAACUGCGUCUCACACUCAUCCCGCAUUCCAUACCCAGGGCUCUACAAAAAUCCCAGUGUACGUGGGCACCCGAUCCCAAAGGUCCCCGUCAGUCGAGAGACUGAAAAUAUCUCGAAAAUCCCAAUCCCGAGAAAUGUCCCAGGAACCAAGUCCUACCUCUCAAGACCCUUCGAGGAAAUCCGAGCAGAGAAGUCCGGAGGAUGACUCCUCGUUAUUCAGCAUAUCGGGAAUGACGAGCGACAAUGAAUAUGAGAGUAACAUAAGCGAGUCGAGUGGCGACGCAUCAAAGCCGACCCAGCGAGACAUUAAAGGGAGCGGGUCGUUUGCCUCGACCGAUGGCCACACUCCCGGUCGCAGCCGUAUUCCAGUGCUUAAGGAUCACCAUACUAACAGUAAUUCCAAUAGGCAAAGGACACCAUCCGGCAGCACGACGCCAGUGCGGUCGGGGCAACAGACAGCGGUGUCGCGGUUGUUGCGAAAGCCGUCGGACGCGUCAGACAGCGGAGCGCCUGCCACACCGGGCUCGCGCCGCGGCACGCCCGCAUCUUCAAGAACGAUCGAAAAGCGCGAGCCUUUCAGGCUUUAGACGAUUUAAGGACGAUAUAAAAAAUAAUACCGCUCUAAUUACACUGAUAAGAAAAAAUGCCUUCCGAAGACAUUUUUUUCCUAAUAGUGAAGUUUGCGGAUAAUAGUUACCUGUGUGAUGAGAGUCGCUUUGACUUGUGAUAUUACGUAUUCACGAUUUUUCUUUUUUUGCUUAAUUGUAUUUGAUGUCUAGGCCAAAUAUUUGUAAAUUCCAUCUUUAAAAAAUCUAUUUGAGUCGUUGCGACUGUCAUGAGCAUAGAGAAUGUUAUAAUUAGUACUAACCGAGAAUUAACCGAUUCGCGAAUUAAGCAAAGCUUAAUUUUAUAAAAGAACGAAUUUGCGAAUGUGGCUUUUUAGUUAAGUAAAAGUUAAUAGAUGGUAGUAGUAAAACGUAAAGUCUGCACUUGUUGCCUUGUAUACUUAUUUUUUUCUACAAUCUGUGCAAUUUUGUGCACAUUGGAUUACUUUAUUUAUUUUGUGCUGUCAGUAUUCUCCAGUUAACUCUUGCUGUGUCUAAGCAAGAUAUUAUUUCUGUAUCAAUGUGAAUAUUCCCCCUUUCUCUUAUUUAUUGUCAACGUUGCCAUAUGUUAGUGUAUGUUUUGUAUGUAAAAUACGUAUUACGGUCUCUCUAUUGAGACUGGCUGGACGGAAAAGUGUGAUUUUGUAAACUUUUUGUAAUAUUGUUUUUCUUUUAGGGACCAUUUUGUAAACGAACUAUUGAGUAGGUAAUGGCGGGCCAGCGUUUGUAUUGGUCGAAUUCACGCGCGUCGUAUACGCCAGACUUCGUGUGUUGAUAGCCCAAUAACAAAUUUUGACCAGUCAUUUGUAAAGGUGAUAAAUAGUCGUUGAGUGAUUAAUUUUGUAUGCACAAUCAUGUCUUCAUUAUUUCACUUUUAAUUAUUUUGUGUUCACUUUUAGUGGUAUGAAUGAUUUCAUGGUUAUCAUUUGAUACCGUAUGUACACAUAUGUACAUGUUAUUAUAUUUAUACGGUGAUAUUGCACAAUUACUUGUUAUAACGGGAAUAAAGUGUUAUUUGGUUAACAAAAAGUGCACACUGCUAUCGCCAAAGUGGUGUGCCUUUUAUGUGUAAAAUAUCUGCUCAUGAAAAUAAUUCCAAAACGGACUUUUAUGUUUAAGAGAUUUAACUAAAGUACACGUUGUCGCAAAAGACAUUACUUCUAAAUGCUAAGAAUAACUUUGAUGUAUGAAACGCUUUAAAAUGUAACCUUCCUUCAUUUUAUUAAAAAAAUGUUAACCAACACUCACACUUAUAUUUGUUAAUUUUAUCUUAAAUCUGACUCUACAAUUAAGUCUUUAUUAUUAGAGUUAUUAAACUAUUAAUCUGGUCAUUUUUAUUUAAAUCAUUGUUAUAUUUGUUAAAUGUAAAAUCAAAGCAACUAAAAAGCUUGCAAUAUUUUUUGUAUAAAAUAAAUAAUGAUUCUGAAGAGCUACAGUGUUUAAAAUCUCAUUUUUGAUUUCAAAAUAUAAAAUAAUAACAAAUAA